AUGCCUGGCAUCAAAGAGCGCCUGCAGCGCGCUUUUGACUCGCAACAUUAUGACGCAGACGACGAUGUUCCCUCCAUCUCCAACGCGGACCUCUUUAUUGAGCGCGAGCCUACGGUAGCCGAAUUCUUGCGGGAAAUCACCCCUACAAGACAGGCUGUCGGUCGCUACAUCUACAAUCUAUUUCCCUUUAUCCAGUGGAUCGGCAAAUACAAUGUGACUUGGCUCAUUGGUGACCUUGUUGCUGGUAUCACUGUCGGAGCUGUUGUCGUCCCCCAAAGUAUGGCCUACGCCCAACUUGCCCAGCUCCCCGUCGAAUUCGGUCUCUACUCGUCCUUCAUGGGUGUCCUAAUCUACUGGUUUUUUGCCACUUCCAAGGACAUCACCAUCGGACCCGUCGCCGUCAUGUCCCAGGUCACUGGUAACAUUGUUCUCCAUGCCAGAGACGUGCUGCCCAACGUCGAAGGCCACAUUGUCGCCUCCGCCUUGGCCAUCAUCUGCGGCGCCAUCAUCCUCUUCAUGGGUCUGGCUCGUCUCGGCUGGAUCGUGGAAGUCAUUCCCUUGCCUGCUAUUUGCGCCUUCAUGACUGGUUCCGGAGUCAACAUUAUUGCCGGCCAAGUGUCCAAGCUUAUGGGCAUUCCCAAAAUCAACACUCGCAAUGCCCCUUACCGCGUCAUCAUCGAUACCCUCAAAGGUCUGCCGAAAACCAACAUUGAUGCCGCGCUGGGCUUGACCUCUCUCGCCAUGUUGUACAUUAUCCGUGGAUUCUGCACUUACAUGGCCAAAAAGCAGCCGCAACGUGCCAAGAUGUACUUUUUCAUCUCUACCCUUCGCACGGCGUUUGUCAUUUUGCUGUACACUGCCAUCAGUGCAGCCGUCAACGUUCCCCGCCACAAGAAGAACCUCAAGUUUUCCCUCAUCAAGGAUGUACCCAGAGGUUUCCAGCAUGCUCAGGCUCCCACUGUCAACUCGGAAAUCAUCUCUGCCUUUGCUUCGGAACUUCCUGCUGCCAUUAUCGUCAUGCUGAUUGAGCACAUUUCCAUUUCCAAGUCCUUUGGUCGAGUCAACAACUACGUCAUCGAUCCCUCCCAGGAACUCGUUGCCAUUGGUGUGAGCAACCUGCUUGGACCUUUUCUCGGAGCUUACCCUGCUACCGGAUCCUUUUCCCGUACUGCCAUCAAGUCCAAGGCUGGUGUCCGCACUCCAUUUGCCGGUGUCAUUACUGCCAUUGUCGUCCUUUUGGCUGUCUAUGCUUUGACGACCGUCUUCUACUAUAUUCCCAACGCUGCGCUGGCUGGUGUCAUUAUCCACGCCGUCGGCGACGUCAUUACGCCUCCCAAGGUUAUUCUCCAGUUUUGGCGCGUCUCGCCCCUCGAGGUCAUCAUUUUCCUGGCUGGUGUGUUUGUGACCGUAUUCACCACCAUUGAGAAUGGUAUUUACACGACAGUCUGUAUUUCCUUUGCCGUUGUGCUGUGGCGGCUGUUCCUGAGCCGUGGCCGCUUCCUCGGCGUCGCUCGCAUUCGCACUGUCAUCACCUCUCCCAACGGCUCCGUGGUUGGUCUCGGUUCUGAGGACGGUUUUGCUGGAGAUUCCGAAAAGACUGCGCGAACCGGCUUCCUACCCUUGGACCAUGAAGAUGGCUCCAACCCGAGAAUUGAUCUUCAGCGCCCUUACCCCGGCGUCUACGUCUAUCGCUUUGCCGAAGGCUUCAACUACCCCAACGCGACUCGCUACUUGAACCACCUGACGGAGACGAUUUUCAAGGAGACCCGCAGGACCGACGUCAGUCUUGUGGGCAAGAUUGGUGACCGCGCCUGGAACGAUCCCACACCGCGCAACGUGGAGAAGGAGCCUGUCGAUGACACCAGGCCGAUCCUCAAGGCCAUUGUGCUGGACUUUUCGACUGUCAACAACAUUGACGUCACUGCCGCCCAGGCACUGAUUGAUGUACGCAACCAGCUGGAUCGCUACGCCGCGCCCGGCACUGUGGACUGGCACUUUGCCAAUGUCGAGAACCGCUGGACGAAGCGCGCUCUCGCGGCUGCUGGAUUCGGCUACCGCUCGCCCAAGCCCAAGGCCGGCGAGAACCCUGGACAGUGGAAGACCAUUUUCAGCAUUGCCGACCUUGGCGGUUCCGACAGCGCGGCCAAGGCUGCGGCUCUCGACGACAAGUCUGGCCGCGGAUCCUACGAUAUCGAGAGCAAGGUAGCUCCCGAGUCUGAAAUUUGGCCAGCUUCGGGUUCUGAAAAGGAUGUUCCCAAGAACCCCGGCAGUGCUCGUCUUGUUGCUGUUCACGGCCUGAACAGACCGUACUUUCACUUUGACUUGCAGGAGGCCGUGGAGGCUGCUGUUGCCAACGCGGACCGGUAUGACUGA